CUAUGGUGGCUUUUUGACUCGUCUCCUCUCUCUCUCUCUCUCCCUCGCAUCAGUGCACUCCUGGUUGAGUUUCUCAAACGAUCGUUUAUGCCUCCUCCCACAAUUCCGGCAAUGCCCGUCUCGCCUCUGAGGUAGAUCCUCUUGCAUUCUCAACGGAUGACCCCCGAUCAUUAGCUAGCAGUAAGGCGUGCUGCCUACCUCUCGGUUUUUUCCAGCUCAAGCAAGGUGGUGACUGGUGAGCUGACUACGGGUGGCCCUAUCCAGGGCUGCAAAGAUCUGCCGGUGGCACCGGAGCUAGCUUUUUUGAUUUCUACCUUCUUGGAUCCGUUUCCUGUCAGAGCGAAAAAAAUAAUAACUCAAGGAAUAUUAUUGGAACUUGGUUCAGCUCAGGUUGUAAGAUAAGAUGAACAUAGCAGCUCCUCCUCAGCUGUCUGAUUCUAAUUGCAGGAUCAUUGAAAACAACACUGCGUCCAAGAGGGUCUAUCAAGUCUGGAAAGGAAGCAAUAGGUUUUUCCUUGGUGGGAGGCUCAUUUUUGGUCCAGAUGUGAGGUCACUGUUUUUCACUGUAGGCCUGAUAGUAAUUCCAGUGAUCCUGUUUGUAGUUUUUGUUUCACCCCAGCUUGUCGACGAGUUUAACUCCCAAAUCGGCUAUCUGAUCUUAUCGAUUGCUGUUAUCUUCGCAGCGUGUGUGAUUUUUCUUCUGCUUCUUACAUCUGGCAAGGAUCCAGGGAUUAUUCCUCGCAAUGCGCAUCCUCCAGAGCUAGAAGAUGAAGCUGACGCCUCCAAUGCUUCAGCAGGAAAUCAUGGUGGUCCAUCGAGUUUGCCACCCACCAAGGAUGUGGUCGUUAAUAAUAUCAUAAUCAAAGUCAAGUACUGUCAUACCUGCAUGCUUUAUCGCCCCCCACGAUGCUCCCAUUGUUCUAUUUGCAAUAAUUGCGUGGAGCGUUUUGAUCAUCAUUGCCCCUGGGUUGGACAGUGCAUUGGCAAGAGAAACUACAGAUUCUUCUUCAUGUUUGUGUUCUCGACAUCCCUCCUUUGUGUUUAUGUCUUCAUAUUUUGCUGGGUUAACCUGAAGAAGAUAAUAGAUGUGCAUGAAUGUAAUCUCUGGAGAGCCUUCCUUAAAUCACCAAUUUCAGGGUUUCUUAUCAUAUAUACAUUCAUAGCUGUUUGGUUUGUAGGAGGGUUAACGGCUUUCCACCUUUACUUAAUCUGCACGAAUCAGACCACAUACGAGAAUUUCCGUUACCGUUAUGAUAAGAAAACAAAUCCCCACAACCUUGGGUGCGCCCAAAAUGUGCAUGAGAUUUUCUUCUCAAGGAUUCCAAGUUCUAAGAACAACUUUCGUGCUAAAGUGAAGGAUAACUCAGCUAUCUUCACCUCAUCUCGCUCCAUUGGCUCCACCCUUAGCCCAGACAUGCCAAAGAAGAGCGCGGAUCUAGAGAUGGGUGUGAAGCGGCAGACUGUGGCCGAGGAGGAGCUCGACGACAUACAAAGCCAAAUUGAUAGCAUCAGAGGAUCAGAUAGGUGCGCGUCGCAGCCACUUCACUCGAGCUCACGUGGUCACAAAGGAAGUUGGGAGAUAACACCAGAUAUUGAGGCUUUGGCUGCUGAGCUUGGAAUGGAACAUGGCUUGGCUGAUAGAGAAAAGCCUUCAGCAGAUAUUCUAUAGAUACAUUCCAAACUAUUUAAGUAUUGAAGCCUACAAAUGGCCGAUUCUUUAUAAUUUCCUAACAGUGAUCGAAAGCUUAGUGUUGCAAAUCGAUGUCACUUGGUUAAUUUUUUAAAACUGUUAUCAUCAUAACUUUUUCUCGAGCUUCUGUGUUAUAUUAUGUAUUUCCCUUCAGAACAUCAGGCUUCUGUAACAAAUCUCAAUCAGAGCCUAUUGUGUCAAA